AUGACCACCUGUAGAGGACUUUUACAUUUCUCUAAAGCUUUACGCUCAUCUCUGGGUCCAAAUACCUGGCAUAAUCUAGGGAAAUUUGCUUCUGGUGGAAGUUCUUAUCAAGAAUCCCAGUGGAACUUGCUGAAAGGGUUUGACUCCAAUGUUUCAGGAGUUAUUGAUGGAACGAAGGAUAAUCCAGAGCUUCUGGACUGGUCCGUAUGGGACGAUCGCAUUUCACAUAAAAAUAUUUUGGCCCACAUGAAAAAAACAUACACAAAUACCAUGAAAACAUUAGAUGAUGCGCUUGCAUCACGAAAUUCACCAGAAUACCUAAACGAAGGCUGGGAAACGUAUGAUUCUGUUAUAAAGACUUGUGCUGAUGCCACUGAGGCAGCGGAUAAAAUUAUUUCCGAUGGCAUUAAGGCACUUUGGAUUUCUCAGCACAACCCUCCAACAUGGAAAGUUGACACAAACGAAUGGCUAGAAAGUGAUCAGUAUUGGCAGGCCUUUGUUGAGAAGCAUGCUAUGUACUCUCAGUCAGGGACAAGUAAUGAUCCAGAAUCGCCAUCUGAAAUUGAGAGCGUGAAGAGUAAGUGGAAUGUGAAUAUGUUCAAGUUUAAUGAAAGAACAGAUACCCCCAUGCUGUACGAUUAUAUGUACCAUAACCCUAGUUGGGAGUACUAUGACAUAAACAGGCGCCAGUUUUUCGAGCAUUUGGAAUAUUUCCUUCUCAGAACGGGAGAAGACUUCCGUAACUUUCCAGACGUACCCAAGUGGAAAUGGCUCACCCACCUGGAGGACUUGAGAUUUAAGCAGUUUUCAGUGGAAAUGAGACGUAAAAUGGCCAAACAACUUCAAAAGGCUGCUAGAUUCGAGAAGACAGAUUUAGGUGCAGGGGAACAUGAAAGCGAGGAGGAUUGUAAUAUGCAAUUGUUAAUGAAUGAAAAAAGUCAAUUGGAAUCAGUCUUAUCAAACCUACUGGCUGGUUUCGCAUUCUUAACUGACCCUUUAGUACCAGUGGAAAAUGCUUUCCAACUCAAUUAUGUACUAUCGAAGGACAAUUAUCAAGCACAUAAAAUGACUAAAGUCUUCUCACUUGGAAAUGACUUACCGUAUUUAUACGUACUUCCCUAUUCCACUAAUGGUGCGCUUAAAGGUGAAAAUACUUCUGAAAAUUCUCAAGUUACUCGGAACGAACAUGAAAGUGUUCUGAAUGAUGUUGUUAAUGGACCUAUGAGUUGUUUUUAUAAUUUAAUGGACUACAUGAACCUUAGUGGUUUUAAAGUCAAUCCAUCAUUUUCAACAAGACUCCAGCUUAAAUGUCAAGUUAUUCAUGAAAGAGGGCCUAACUGGAUUAAGUUACCCGGCGAACGAACCUAUGACUCAUUUUUGAGGCGUUUGAGGUACGAUGACCCCCUCAGACCAAUGCUUGAGGAAUACGUUCAAGAUCUUAAGUUGAGGUUAAAAGAUGCUAAGGAGAUACCACCAUCCCAGUGGCAUAAAGCCCUUCAAAAGUUAAAGGAAAUUCAAAUGGAGAGAGAUAAUCUUUUAUCAAAGACGCAAAGCACAGAAAGUCAACAAGAAUUUACACUUACCUCCGAAGAGUUGACCGAACUCUCAGAAACAGAUCAAUUACUUUUCAAGGAUUCAGACGGAAAUAAGAUGGAUUCCACAACAACUAGGCUUUUAUAA